CAACUAGAUAAAUACAUCCUCGAACUCUUUUUCUCUUAAUAACAUUUAGGCGUGUAGCCUUCGCAUGGACGGUUUGUUUACAUAUCUUUUGUUACUUGAAAGGUGUUGGCUGUGGCUGAGGCAACAAACAGAGGCAGUAAAUAUACACGUAUCACUGGCAAUAAUUCAUCUUCACAGACUACACAGAAGUUGCACAAUGGCCCCUGAAAUAACAGGUAUUGAGCCAUCCAGCCUUAAGGGAAUGAGCCCUGAUAAUCCCGAUUUGUGUACGCUGGAGGCCACGGUUGUUACUGGACUUGAAGAUGUUGCUGCAGAAGAAUGUAAAGAAAAAUUGGGAGUUACAUGUGUGCAGGCAAGAGGCAGAAUAUUUAUUGAUGUGAAUAUUGCUGAUGUUACAAAGGUACUUUUGUUGCGCUCCAUUGACAAUGUCAACAUUGUACUCACCAUGGUAAAGAAUUUCUGUUUUGGAGAUCAAAGGGAACGUUGUUUUGAGCAAUUGUACAAGUUUGCUGAGAAGCAAGAUUGGAGAAAAGGAAUGCGAGUAUGGAAGGAUAUCUUCAGCUAUCCCGAGGAGCCCAUUAAAAAGGUAGUCCCUUUGAAGAAUGAAUAUUGUUGUCCUCGGCCAGAUGUUGAUCUCAAAAGGAUGAAACUGUCAUCACCAAUUUUGGAGAAUUUACCUGAAAGUGUGGUGCCAGAGCACCUGCGAAAUGAUAAAGGAUUAUCUUUUGUGGAUGAUUCUCUUAAACAGGAAGAAAAUUCUAAAGAGCCAUCAUCCACUGCUGCAGUUGAGGCUGUUGCUAGUGGGCCUAGGUUUCGAGUCUCAUGCAGUCGGACAGGUGCAACCCACAAAUUUGGUAGUCCAGAGGCUGCUCGACAGUUUGGUGCUGGCGUGAAUGAAAUGUUCACGUGGCCAGUAGACCUAACCAACUUUGACUUAGAAGUCCUGCUCUGCAUUGACAAAGAAUUUGUGUAUGUUGCAAUUAGUCUUACUAGAGAGCCAUUGUUUAAGCGAAAUCUCACCAACUUUGGCCGCACCAAUCUGCGGGCAACUAUCUGCCACAACAUGGUUCGGUUAGCAACUCCUCAACUUGGGGAAGUGGUACUAGAUCCCAUGUGUGGAGGAGCAACCAUUCCAAUGGAGGGCUCUCUUACACACAGUCAAGCUUUCCAUCUUGGUGGAGACAACUAUGGUCAAGCAGUGAAACGCAGCAGAGACAAUAUAAACAAUUUGCUGAAAAAGGGAAAAUCUAUGGUGGUUGAUGUUGCCCAGUGGGAUGCCACAAAGUUGCCACUAAGAAGUCAGUGUGUAGAUGUGGUUGUGUCAGAUCUGCCAUUUGGGAAACGAAGUGGAAAUAAAGCUGACAAUCGUGUUCUUUAUUAUCGUUCCCUGGUAGAGUUGGCCCGGGUCACCAAAAUGAAGACAGGUCGGGCUGUUCUCCUCACAUAUGAUAAAGGAAGCAUGAUAAAGAAUAUCAAAAGGGUGCAUACUUUGUGGAAAAGUGGAGCAUCACGUACUGUGAACAUUGGUGGACUGCCAGCAGUGAUCUAUACCCUAUAUCGGACCUCACAACUUAGUUUGAGUGACUGCAACAAGGACUCCAAAGCUUCUGAGACCUGCACAGAUCCCAAUUUAAAAUAAUCAGAAAAUUUCAGUGCAAAGAUUUCAGGGUAGUUUGGGUGGCUGCUGACCAAGACUGUUGAGGCCACAUUGUUGGACUCUUCUCAGUAUUACAUGUAGAGGGCUGUGGAGCCUCUAGAUUACCAUGUCAAUGCAAACAUUGUGGUAUUCAGUCAUGAUAACCUGUCCAGUUUUUACAGCUUUGAUUAAUCUGUGUAAAGUGUAUACCUGACAGCAUUCCAGAUUAUCAGAGUAACAUGUGAACUAUAUUUUUUUAUGUAAAGUGCAUUUUUAUAAAAAAAUAUACUUAAAACAGUACAGCAGUGAAAAAUAGUUAUGGUCAUAAUAGUUGCUCAUAAUGAUAAUGGUUUAUAUAAAAAAAUAAUAGUAAUGCUACUAAUAUUUACUAGGCUCUCAUUCUCAAAACAGUCUUAAACUUGCUAGCAAAUCUAUGAAAGUGUAAAGUCAGGAUUCAGAUUAUGAAUUUGUGAUCCAUCCAGAAGACAUUAAAUAAUAACUAUGUAGAAACUGUACCUCAUUCAUGCAUUAGCAGUGAUCUGGCUGUAUAUUCAUCACUACAUGAAAUAUAGGUACUUCAUAGUAGUAAUUCUUACUAGCAACAAUGUAUUAGGCAUUUCCAGUAUUUUCAUAAAGAUGAAGAUUUACUCUGUACUGUGUUGGUAUAUUUACAUUAAUGAUAUGAAUUAAUAUUGUAUGAAUAGUUUGAAAUAAAUAUAAAGGUUUAUUAUUUACAAUAUUUUGUGGCAUGUUAUGGAGUGAUUCAUCAGAUGCAGCUACUUUCAAUAGGUUUAAUUUUCUGGCAUUGGUUGUGCAUUUAUUGUGCAGCAGAGCAUUUCAUGUAUUAGUGUGUCUUCCAGCACUGGACAGGUUAUUGCUUGGUUUAGUUAUGUUCAAAGUAAUAGUAUUUUAAAUCCC